AUGGCCGAGUUCGUCCGCGCCCAGAUCUUUGGCACCACAUUCGAGAUCACCUCGAGGUACUCGGAUCUCCAGCCUGUUGGCAUGGGAGCUUUUGGCCUCGUCUGUUCCGCCAGAGAUCAGCUUACCAGCCAAAAUGUCGCCGUCAAGAAGAUCAUGAAGCCCUUCAGCACUCCGGUGCUCGCCAAGCGCACAUACCGUGAGCUCAAGCUGCUCAAGCACCUCAAGCACGAAAACGUCAUCUCACUCAGCGAUAUCUUCAUUUCCCCUCUCGAGGACAUCUAUUUCGUCACAGAGCUUCUCGGCACUGAUCUUCACCGAUUAUUGACUUCGCGCCCCCUCGAGAAGCAGUUUAUCCAGUACUUUCUCUACCAGAUCAUGCGAGGCCUCAAGUACGUGCAUUCGGCCGGCGUCGUCCACCGCGAUCUCAAGCCCAGCAACAUCCUUGUCAACGAGAACUGCGAUCUGAAGAUUUGCGACUUUGGCCUCGCCCGAAUUCAGGACCCCCAGAUGACGGGUUACGUUUCCACCCGAUACUACCGAGCCCCCGAGAUCAUGCUCACCUGGCAAAAAUACGACGUUGAGGUUGAUAUCUGGAGCGCUGGAUGCAUCUUUGCCGAGAUGCUCGAGGGCAAGCCUCUGUUCCCCGGAAAGGAUCACGUCAACCAGUUCUCCAUUAUCACCGAGCUCCUGGGCACUCCCCCUGAUGAUGUUAUCAACACUAUUGCUAGCGAGAACACUCUACGAUUCGUCAAGUCUCUGCCCAAGCGCGAGCGACAGCCUCUCCGAAACAAGUUCAAGAACGCCGACGACUCAGCCAUCGAUCUCCUUGAGCGCAUGCUUGUCUUCGAUCCUAAGAAGCGGAUAACGGCCACCGAGGCCCUCGCCCACGACUACCUUGCUCCCUACCACGACCCCACCGACGAGCCCGUGGCCGAGGAGAAGUUUGACUGGAGCUUCAACGAUGCUGACCUGCCCGUUGAUACGUGGAAGAUCAUGAUGUACUCGGAGAUACUUGACUACCAUAACGUGGAAGCCGGGGUCACCAACAUGGAGGAGCAGCAGUUCAACGGACAAUAG